AAUUUUUCCCCGACACUACAGUUUGACAGGUCGCGCAUUCUCUUCGCGGAGGCAUCAAAAUCAAAACUUUUGUGUGCGGCAGGAAAAAAGUUGUUUCUUUCCGAAAAAAUUGCUCACGUUUCGGUAGGAAAAGUUGCGGAUUCGCCACGGGACGGUGAGUUUUUGUCGAUUCCGGUGAGGCAGUUGCAAUCGAUCGCCGGCAGGUAUCGGAAAUCGUCGGAACGCAGUUUCGCUGCCGUCGUCGUGCGUGUGUGCGAUUGGAUCCCCUUUCUGCGGUGGGGUAGCGGAAGAACCAAACGCUGGGGCGAUUUGUUUUCGUUUUCUUCGGGGUCGGGAAGCUGCGUGAUCAUAUGAAGUGUGCGUACGAAUUGCCGCGUUAAAGAUUUAGUUAUUUUACCCGUGAAGAAGAACCAUCCAGUGUCCGGAAAGUAAUUGUGUAGCAGGAAGUAGUUUCCGGCCGGUAGCUGGAGCCGAGGAGUGAAAAGUGCGGAUUUGUUUACAUUCCUUUCGGAAAGUGAAGCUGUUGUGCAAGCUUCCCGCUUUAAUUGGCCUUGAAAUAGUGCUCCCGUUGUGGAAGAUCGUGUAAGCGAAGGAGCUCCACCAAUGGUCAGCUAGCGCUGAUGAGAGCACAUAGCCGUACUUCAAGUUAUAAUGAGUGCAAUUAUUUGAGAAGCUGUGAAAAACAAAAGAAUCGGCAAAGCAGGAAAAGUAAACGAAAAAAUGUCCAAAACGACAACGCUGUCAGUGACUGCUACGGCGGCAGCUGCUGAGAGGAAAAGUAGCAGUAAAAGCAGUGGAGGGGGAGGAAAUGCUGCGUCGGGAGAGUUCGAUGUUCCGGCAUUUGAACAGAAGCUGAAGGAGCUCAAGGACACACAGGAUAGUAUACAGCAGCUUUCGGCGUGGUGUCUGCAGAGGCGGGCGCAUCACAAGAAGAUCGUGACCAGCUGGCUGAAUAUACUGAAGCAAGUCAAAGUGGAAAGCCGUCUAACGUUGUUCUACCUGGCGAACGAUGUCAUUCAGUACAGCAAGCGAAAGAACUACGAAUUCGUUGACAGUUGGGGCACGUAUCUCCAGAAGGCGACCACCCUGGUCCGGGACGAAAAGGUGAAGCACAAAAUCCUCCGAAUAUUCAAGAUCUGGGAGCAACGCGAGAUCUACAAUGAUGAAUUCUUGGCCGACCUGAACGGGUUGCUAAGUGCCACAUCGGCGAAGAAAAGUGAUUCGAGCACGAAUGUCACCUCUUCGAGUACACCGGCCAGUACAAGCUCGUCGCAAACCAGCGUCCAACUGGCGAGUGGGCCCUCUCGGUUAACCGAGCAAGCAAAAAACGUCGUGAUCAACUUGGAUGCGGACGAUUUCCAGAGUGCAUCGUUGGUGUCCACCAUCAAGGACUGUGUCAAAAAUGAAACCGAUACGGAUACAACCUUCAAAAGUCUGAACAAAACGCCGCUGGUGGACGUGGAAAUGGUCCGGAACUCCAUCAAAGGGAAAGAGCGGAAACGAGUGGAAGAUAUCGAACAUGAGAUCGAGGAGAAUCUGGUCCAUUACCAAAGUUACGUGCACAGUUUGAAAACGGAGAUUAAAUCGAGAAAGCUGCUGCUGAGUUUGCUUGAGCAAGCCGAAUCAUUCUAUCACAAUCAGCGAGGGGAAGUUAAAGUCGUGGUUAAUGCUUACCGAAAUUUCGGUAACCGACUGAAGAGCAUGAAAAAGAAGCUCGAUGAGCUGACGACGACGUUGCCGAGUCCAAUGCCGUCGCCGGACAUCAAUGCACCGUCCCCGGAACCGGAUAUGGACUUGCAACUGCCCGACGACCAGAGUUUCUUCAAUGUCAACGGUAUGAUGAACAGCUACAUGGAUGGAAAUCUACCGUUCGACAUCAACGAUUUCCGAAGGGAUUCUCCGACGGCAAGCGCGGUGCAACCAAUCCAAGUGAUUAACUCCAGAAAGGAAGAAUCGGAGGGUGUAAAUGAUUUUCUUAAAACGUUUUUCCCAGAUACGCCCAGUGCCCAGCACUACGGCGCUGGUCGCGGCGUAGGACCCCCCGUCGGAGGACCCCCGCCUCCUCCAACGCGUAAUUCUGGUUCUGCUGGCUCUGGUCCGUACGUUCCGUCGCACAGUAGUAACUCCUCGCUGGAUGAUUAUGGAAAUGGCGCGGCCGGACCGGACUAUACGUCCGGCCUCAACAGUUACGGCGUUUCGUCGGGUGCUGACUAUGGACUGGGUCCACGGCCGAACAAUCACCACAAUAUGGGCAUGGCACGUAGCUACGGUGCCGGACCACAGUACAAUCAACCGAUGCUUUCGGAUUAUCCCGCGGGAAGAUCUCAACCCGGGGGUCCACGAGGGCCCCAUCAUCCGCCACCUGCCCCUGUCAAUCUGGACCGAUCUGAUGAGUACAAUUCAACGUGGGAUAUGUCGAUGACCUGGGAUGGACCACAUGAUUCUUCCUUCCAGAGUCUAGACACUCCUGUUUCUCCUCCUCAUUAUGAAAGAAAAGGUGUUAACUCGAAUGUGAUCGAGUACAUCGACGGUGUCAAUGAAGACGGCCCUCUGCAGGACGUAGAUCACCGACAGCUUCCCAACAUGCCAAUGCCUGCCUUCAUGAAAGACAAGGGACGGUUGAUGGACGUAGAUCAUCGCAAUCUUAUUUCGUUGACUGGGUCGCCAGGUCCACUGCUGAGUAAAUCCGGGUUGGAUGAUCUUGAGGACAUCGACGAUGAUGAUGACGACGAUGUCCUGCUGCUAGAAGGGAACGAGAAAACCGUUUCUAAUCCGAAAGAGAAGUCAGUUCCGAUGCCUGUGUCGCCGCCGGUCGCUGCCAAAGCGGCCGACUCUGCACUCAGUGCGUUCCCUUGGGGUACCGGAACGGGUGACGUCGAUCUGAGGCAACCUAAUAUAAGUCUUUUGGGAGCAGCGCCGGUAUCGAUUUCAAUGCCAACGAUGACCAGCAGUAGUAGCACAAGCAUAGCCACCAGCGCCACCAGUGAACCGAAGGAUCUGGACAUGCGGAUACGGUCGAUGCAGCAAACGCUCGAUUCUCGCUUCGGCGACGUUGAGGGUAAUGAGGAAACGGAAGCGAUGGAUGAUGACAAAGGAGCCGAUGAUGCACUUCAACUGCUGCAGACACCGACGUCUCUGCUCGAAAUUGAUGAUUUUCUGCAAAACUUUGAGCGCGAAAACUUUGACAUAAGCAAACCUCCAAUGGUUCUGAUGAGCAAUCAAACCGAGUCGUCACUGUCGCCACCUCCUUCGCUGCUGGAAGGGAAUGUUUCAACACCAAAACAGGCGGCGCAAUCUAGCGAUGACGCCGAUGAACGCACUGGACGACCAUCCGACAACAACGAGAGUGUCGACAUGGACCUCUCGGAUGAGGAGUACGUCCCGGAGCACCCUACGGAAGCGAUGUCGAUAGGUAAGGGCAGUACAGCUGCCAAUUGUAAGUCUACUUCUUCUCCUGUGUCGACCUUGGGACGACUUCCGGUGGCGGGCAAUAUCAAUGCUAUCUGUUCUACUAAAGUAGCUGCGGACGAUGGUCCAAUAGAAUCUGAUGCAGCAAACAAUACGACGGAUGAUUCUCUUUCAGCGUUACAUGAUGACCCCAUAGAUGACUCGACCGAACCGUACGAACCCUUCGAAGGUGAAGAGAUUGACGAGGCGUUUAUGCCGCUCAUGAGUGCCCCGGUGCAGAAGAAGGAGGAAAGUGUAGCGAGUAUACCCAUGCCUCCGAUACCGGUUCCGGUUCCUCAACUGCUGGAAGAACAGCAACAGCAACAGCAGCAGCAGCAGCAGCAACAACAACAACAACAACCACAACCCCAACCCCAACCACAGCUGCUGCCCCAGCACCGGCCGCCAUUGCUGCCCGAUCCGGACUAUCCACCGCCGUUCGCUUUCCAAGCGCAACAGCAACAGGCACAGCGAAAACACUGGGACGUGCCUCCACCUCAGUUCAACAACAGCUUUGGGGCUGGCCUGCCGAAUCUGGCCGAUCUGAGCAACUUCGGAGAAUUCCCUAACUUAGCGGCGGGACUGAACAAUCUGAAUCCACCGCAACCGCCGGGUCUUCCGCCACAUUUAUGGAACAAUCAGCAACAUCAGCAGCCACCGCCGAUGGGGCCAAUGGGCGGCAAUCAGUUCAACCCGUCAAACAGGCCUCCUCCGUUCGGGGGAUCGCCGUUCAACAACAAUAACAACAAAAUGAACAACUUCAGGAACCACAACAACAACACCUGGGGUGGUGGGGGUGGUCGAGGGGGCGGCGGAGGUGGAGGACCUCGGCAUGGAUCGCCCUACUUUCGGGGCGGUGGAGGUGGUCGGGGUAAUUUCCGCGGUGGCAACAAUAAGUUCCGCGGCGGUCACCACAACAACAAUAGGGGUGGAAACUGGUUAGACUCGUUCUUACGAAGCGGUGGCGACGUACUUGAACUCAUUGAUCGGUUCACCCCUCGCUAGAACGCCGAUGAAGGAACCUGCCCGAACCUCACAAACACAAGGAACCAUUUUCAUAAUACAGUGUGUAAAAUAGUCGAAACCCAGAACGGACAGGACCCGUUCGAAGAUAAACUACUUUUUUCUAUGUUGAAUUCGUGAAUCAAAUUGUUAACAAUUUAUCUUCUAAUCUUGUAGCAUUCGGCAAGCCAAGGUUUGCAAAAGUGCACUCACUUCUAGAGUUUAUUAUAAAAAAAAUGUCAUGAAUCUGACACAAAUGUAGAAACAGACUAUAUCUGAAACAAAAUGGAUCAUCUGUAAAUAUAGAUAUUUAUGAUAGUUGUAAACCCAAAACAAAACUAAAAGUGUGCAUGUGUCUGAAACCAACAACACGACUCUCUGGUAAUAGAGUGCACCAUCUUUAAGGCCGAAGUUGGUUUUUGAUCGUCCUGAACUCUAAUUAAGUUAAGUACAUUAAAUGAUGAAAAAGAAAAAAAAAACAAGCGAAGAAAAAAAUAAAGGCAGACGCAAUUUUGAAAUAAUAAAACACAAACAGCUAGCGCAGCAGUUGAUGGAAAUAGAUCAGAAGCAAAGCCCACAUACAAUCUGUAAACGCUGUUGUCAGCAGGGUAGGGUUGUCUAGAUUUCAGCACAUUUAUUUACAGACACGGUUUUAAACUUGCUUAUGUUCUACUGAAAUAUGUUUCUUCUUAUCGCAGUUGUAGCCGUAGAUACUUCCUAACAUUUCUAAAAAUAUAUCUACAUUUAGCAUAUGAUAUGGUUCAACAACAAAUAUCAGGACGAUAUGAGUAAUAACUAUCAAUAAAUUAAUUGUGUUUCA